AUGUGCACCGAUGCAGAACAAGACAAUGGCUGGGACGACGCCGCGACCGAGGUGACGGUCCCGGGUCUCGUCGGCCUGGGUGGUGCUGAGGAGGGCGGUAAUGGUGGGGGGGAGGGGGACAAGGGGUUGUGGGGUGAGUCCGGGUGGGACGCAGCCGUGGUUAAGGUAACCGGCUCAUCCCCAUGUAAGUGGAGGAGUGGUUGA